GGAAGGCGGCGGAGGAGGAGGCGGAGGCAGCGGAGGCGACGGAAGCUAAGGCGGCGGCGGCGGCUCGGAGUACCCCUCUCUCCCGCCCACCUGACCGGCUGGAGUCGCGGGCGCUCGAUGCAGCGUCCUCCCGCCUGAGGACCAGCAAGAAUUGACACUAUGCUUCGUAAAGCAAUCAAUUGCAGUGAUUUCAAGCCUCAACCUUGGUUUCAGCAGGGUGAUAUCAAUUACAUACAAAGGGUCCUGUUACUACUGGAUUAUGCAAGUUAUUUGGCCCUUUUUCCCAUGAGAUAUGACUUAAAUAUCAUUCAACUUGAAUAAGAAAGGAACUGAUUUUUAGAAAGCAGAAUGCCAAGGAAAAGGAAAAAUCUUGGUGGAAGUCCUGCUAGGAAGUCUCUGAACACAGAGGAUGUUGCAUCCAAUAUUACUCAUCGUGAGGAGCUGACAACUCUUCCUACGCCACCUCAGCCAACUGUCGACAAAGAGAAACUCUUAAACAGCUUGUCUGAGAUGUUUUCUGACCUGGAUCCUGAUGUAGUUUAUUUGAUGCUUUCAGAAUGUGAUUUCAAAGUUGAAAAUGCUAUGGAUUGUCUCUUAGAACUGUCCACUGGUGCCAAAGGAAUGCCAGCCUCUAAAAGCUUAAUCCUGGAGUCAGUUGCUACACCGCUUGCUUUUGUUAACCAACAUCUUGCUGAAGGAAAUGAAAUGAAUGAAAAAUGUCCUCAUACAGAUAAUGAGGACACUUCCCAAACAGCAGAUGCAUUCUCUGAUAUGCGACUUACUGAAGACUUGGAUUCCUUAAUACAAAAUGCAUUUGAGAAACUGAAUUAUGCUUCUAAUGACCAAGUGUCUACACAAUCACUUUUGCCUUUGGAAAACAAUUUUGGUGGCACUAGUGACAGUGGAAGGAGUUUUUCUCUGCAAAAAGCGGAAGUGGACACUGAAACAUUUGAAAAUUCUUCUGUACUGAGUUCAGAACAUUUAACUUUACAUUCAGAUUUGAGCAAGUCCAGAAAUUGUAAAAAGGACGCUGUGUGGCCUUUAACAAAUAGCAGUCCCAUGGAUGGCCAGCCGAAUAGCUUUUUCACUCAACCAAAUGACUCUCUUGUGGUAUAUGUUAACCCCAAUCAAACUCAGACUGCGCCUUCAGAUGCUCAGAAUUUUGGGUGCCAGCCUUCUCAAGCCUGUGUCCAUUUUGGUGUGAAUGAAUUAAGGACUGCCGUUAAUCCUCUUGUGCAGAUUUCAGACCAGAGAGAAGAUGGCGAGGGCACAUGUGGGGAUCAGAAUGGUGUUUCUGUCCCUGAUUUGUUUACACAAUCCAAAGGAUUUGGUUUCAAGCCACAAAAUCAUGCAGAACUACCACCACAGGGAAGUGAUUUCAGCUUUUGUGCUGGCAUGCCACCACUGCCACCCCCACCAGUGCUACCACAAAAUUCCUGGAAUCCAAUGGCUUCUGCCUUUGAGCCUUUCCAAGGGAUCCGCAGCUUCAUUGCUCCAGUUGCAGCCAGUCCUCAGCCAGUGAUACCCGUUUUUGACUACUGUGAACCCGGAAGAGUCUGUGCUUCUCUGCCACCCCCAGUUCUUUUUGGUGCCUGGGAUAGAAAUGCUUCACUGCCGAUGCCAGUGGCAUGGAGAAAUCAAGAUGGAGGAACUCCUUACCAAGUACAAGAGCCUCCUGCUUCUCAUACUGUUCGAAGAAAAACCCCUUACGUAGGCCAAACACUUGUGCUGCUCAGGGGGCUUCCAGGAGCUGGGAAAUCCUUUUUGGCAAGGAAAUUACUAGAGGAGAAUCCUAAUGGAAUUAUACUUAGUUCAGAUGAUUUUUUUAACAAAAAUGGACAGUAUCAAUUUGAUGGAAAUUUAUUGGGUGAAGCACAUGAGUGGAACCAGAAACGAGCUAAAGAAGCAUUAGAGAAGAAGGUUUCUCCUGUAAUAAUCGAUAAUACAAACCUUCAGUCAUGGGAAAUGAAGCCGUAUAUACUUUUGUCACAAAAAUAUAAAUACAAAGUUCACUUCCGGGAACCGGACACAUGGUGGAAAUUUAAACCAAAGGAACUUGCAAGGCGCAACAUUCAUGGGGUAACCAAAGAGAAAAUAGUAAGGAUGAUGGAACACUAUGAACGUUAUGUUUCUGUAACACACAUCCUGGAUUCUUCAGUUCCAGAUAGACCAGAAGAUACUGAGUUAAGUGAACCUUCUUGUCAAGAUGAAACUAACAGCCUGAAAGACUCAGAUGAUUAUACUUCUUUGAAAGAAAAGGAUCUUUCCUCAUCUUCAAAGCAUCCUGAGUUAAGUGAAGAAAAACUUCACAAGUUGGAGACCAAUAUUUCUUCAUUUCAAGAGAAUGUGAAGUGUUUUCCUAUAGUAGAUUUAGAAAAAGGAAAACAAGAAGUAAGUGCCAUCGAACCUUAUUUUCAGAAAACUACACUUCAGGAAUCUGGAAAGCAUGAAUUAGCAAAUUCUGCAGAUAAAGAAGUAUUAGAGGACAGUGAUACAGAGGAAGAAGAUGUAGAUAUACCUUCUGAAGGGCAAAGUAUUACAAUAGAUACUUCUAGAUCUGAAGAGAAUAAUAUGAUAAAUACUUCUUUUAGUGAAGGAAACCAAGAUACCAAUAGACUUUCAAAGAAAAUUGAAGUCCAGAGUGAAAACUAUAUACCUAGUGAAAUAUCCGUAGAUCCAGAAAUAAUAAUUGAAAAGCAGUUCAUGACACAAAACAAUUCAAUUUCAGAAAAAUCCCCAAAGCAUGAAUUACUAACUUUUGUUGGUGACUGGCCAGUUGAGAAAACAAUGGGUCAGAGGAUCAAGAGGAAUAAAAAAACUGGAAAAACUUCAUCUGUGCAAUGUAACAGAGAAUGCAAUACUCUUGAAUCAUGCAUGGAAAUAGACAGUGAUAUGCAUGUAGAAAUUGCUUACGUCCAGCAACAAGAAACUUCAGAAGGAAGUGAAGAACAUAUUAAGAAUGUACAAUGUAAUGAUGCUCCAGAAACCUUAAACAGUUGCAGUGAGCAUGAUGAAUAUAAAGAUGGUGAAAAAAAUGCAUCAGAAACACUUGAUAUGGGAGAUUGGCCUUUAUCAAAUUCCUUAGCUCAGAGAGAACACAGAUCAAGAAUGCCAAAAACAGAUUUAAAUGAAGCUCAUCUAGACUCUGAAAGUAAUCAGAGUGUGAAUGAAACAUCUUUAAAAGUAGCAGAUGUGUUUUAUGAGGUCUUGGCAAAUCAUGAAGACCAGAGAAACUCAACUAAUGAAAAACCUGAAAUUUUAUCUUGUGAACCUACCAGUGAGAAAAAUCACGAACCCCAAUUGUCUCUUAAUUUUACCUGCAGUGAUCCCACUCUAUCCCAAGUAGUGGAACCAAAAAUCACACCUGAAUUUUCAGAAGGGAGGCCUGAAGAAUUAUCUUUUCUAGAAGUAAACAAAUGUUCACAGACUGAGCCAAAAGAUUUUGCUCUUUUGUGGAAAAUAGAAAAAAAGAAAAUUAGCAUUUCUGAUUCGGUCCGGGUAUUAACAGGAAAAUUAGAUGGAUUUAAGCCAAAAGAUUUUAAUAUUAAUAUCAAAUCAGAUAUUCAAGAAAUAAUUCCAUAUAGGGUAAUGUAUGAUAAAAGCACAUAUGUAGAAGAAAGUGAACUUACUAAUGCUGAUGAGUCUGAAAAUCUAAAUACUCUUUGUAAGAUUUUUGGCUCUUUUUCAUCUGAAGCACUGAAAGACUUGUAUGAGCGGUGCAACAAAGACAUUAUUUGGGCAACAAGCCUUUUGUUGGAUUCUGAAACAAAGUUUUGUGAAGAAAAUGAGGAGGAAAGUUUACCAGAAUCGGAUGAUGAUACACAAAUCGAGCAAUUUGAUGUAAGUGCAUAUUUGAAGGAGAUUAUCAGCCAUGGAGGGACUUCCAGUUCCAGUAUACAAAAAAAUGGCCAUGGAACUGGCAUGGAACACGUUGAUACACAGCUUAGCUGUGAUGAAGAAAGUAAAAACACUGGAAAAGCAGACAUAAAAGAUAUAAAUGCUGAAAAAUCAGAAUUAGUAACAAGUAUUUUAUCUAGUAUUGUCAGAGAAGUAAAACACACAAAUGGAUUGCCUUCUAGCAGCAAUCAGACAAAACUUUCUGGUUCAAAUAACAUUGAACAGUCAGUUUUAGAUAUUUCAAAAAAUACAUUAAAUGAUAUAAACCUUAAAAAUAUGAAUGAAAUAGAUGGGGAAUCUUUAGCCACAGAAUUUGGUUCAUGUUCUUUACAGGUUUUGCCUGAUAAUUUCAAAACUACGUCUGGUACUUUAAAUGAAGCAACUGGCAUUAUUGAGUAUUUUGAAGGAAAGAAAAAUGAAAAUCUUACAAAAAGUGAUAAGAAAUUUCAGGUGUCUGCAGAGACAUAUAUUAACGAGGAUAAGCCAGAAAUGGAAAAAAUUGUAUGUGCCAAAUCACCAGCCAAUUUGGCAGGAGGAAUUAAUGAGGAGAGUAAAGCACCUCACUGUGAAGGAGACAAAGCUGAGAUUUUGAAUUCCACACCAACGAAACCUAAGCCUGUGAAUAUAGACUGUCUGGAAUUGGCAUUACCUCCUGAGUUGGCUUUCCAGCUUAGUGAAUUAUUUGGGCCUGUUGGCAUUGAUUCAGGGUCUCUAACAGUUGAGGAUUGUGUGGUUCAUAUAGAUCUGAAUCUGGCUAAAGUGAUUCAUGAGAAAUGGAAAGAAUCUAUUAUGGAGCGACAAAGACAAGAUGAAAUAUCACAUGUUCUGCAUACUAGAGAUACUUCUGUUGUUGGGCCUUCAAAUCCUGAUACUCCUGAACAAAAAUCAUCUCAAAGAACAGGCAAGAAGCUGAAGUGUCAAAACCCGUCUGAAAUGCCCCUCUUCAUGGAUCAUUGGAAUACUCAAACUAAAAAAGUUUCACUCAGAGAAAUAAUGUCAGAAGAGAUUGCCUUACAGGAAAAAAAUGAUAUGAAACAGGUACCACUUGUAUUUGAAAAAAAUUGUGCUGCAAAACUAAAGGAGAAGCAACUCUUGAAGAUGUUCCCAACUAUUAACCAAAACUUUCUGAUGGAUAUUUUCAAAGACAACAACUACUGUUUAGAACAGACAGUGCAGUUUCUGAAUUGUGUCCUUGAAGCAGAUCCUGUAAAAACUGUCGUAGCCCAAGAAUAUAGUCAUCAAAAUGAACCUGCCUCUUCUUAUAAUAUGCAGAAGUCUAAAGAGAAGAAGACAAAGAAAUCCAAAGAGACGGAAGAUAUACCAAGCGAUCCAUCUUUCCAGGAUUUUGAGUACCCUAAGUAUGAUGACUAUAGGGCAGAGGCUGUCCUUCACCAGCAAAAGAGACUGGAAUGCUAUAGCAAGGCAAAAGAAGCUUAUCGCAUGGGGAAAAAAAAUGUUGCCACAUUUUAUGCACAGCAGGGUAGUCUCCACGAGGAGAAGAUGAGAGAAGCCAACCAUCUUGCUGCUGUGGAGAUAUUUGAGAAAGUCAAUGCUUCCCUACUACCACAGAAUGUUUUGGACCUCCAUGGACUCCAUGUAGAUGAAGCCAUAAAUCAUUUAAUAACUGUAUUGCAACAAAAAACUGAAGAAUAUAAGCAGAAUGGUGGUAAACCAUAUCUCUCUGUGAUUACGGGAAGAGGAAACCAUAGUCAGGGAGGAGUUGCUAGAAUCAAACCAGCAGUCAUUAAAUACCUCACAAGCCACAACUUCAGGUUCUCUGAAAUUAAACCAGGGUGCUUGAAAGUUAUACUGAAGUGAACAGCUGAUUUUUUGUUGUUAAAACUUAUACUGAAACCUUUGCAGCAAUUGAAAUUAACUUUACUGUUAUACAAAUAUUUCCUUGGGAGUACUUUCCACUUUUACAACGAAAUAAUUUGUGAUGUUUUUCAGAACUUGAAAGAAUCUUUUUUUACUAAUUCUAAUGCCAAAUAUGUUGCCUAUCAAAGAUGAGAAAAUACAGCAUCCUUUAUUGAUUAAAGAAUUUUAAAGAAAGUUAUUAUUGAUUACCAUUUAAAAGUUUGAUGCCCCCCUCAACUCUACUUUCAGAUAGAGGAAAAAAAAAAACACCUUUGUAUUGCUAUUUUAACAUUAAAACAAUACUUUAUAGACUUCCAGGUAGUCUAAAAGGUAUAGUUCCUGCCCAUCAAAAUCUUGUUUAAAAAAAAAAAUGAAAAAUGACGGCAAACAUAUUUGAAUUUGACAUGUCUUAUCGUCUUAUUUGUUGUUGUUUUUGUGUCCUGCCAUAUGCCCACAGGUAUAAAAGGGACUACUGGGAUUUUUUUUUUCCCUGACUUGUGGCACCUCUCUCGACUUUUUCCUGUGUGUGCCA